CAGAAGGUGCUUCUGCAUGCACUGUCAGUGGACUGGUCUGCUGCAAAGGAAUUGCGCGCUCUUUGCUUCCCACAUUUCCCGCCCCUGCCUGCCUGCCUACCAGCAGCAGCCCUGAGCCACCGCUCUCCAGCCGGAGGAGGAAACACCCGGACAGCCAGCGAGCAGCACAGACCGCUGAGCCACAGGGGAGACGAGACGUUUUUUCAGUCGACAUGAGCUGCUGACGUGACAAGGAAUACGGUUACACAAGAAAACGGUCAGGAGGCUCACUAAAUCCUUUUUUGUCUCGCAUUCAUCAUUGAAAGCAUGAUUACACGCUUAAAUGGAUUUAAAUCUUACAUGUCACCGAUGGCUACAAGAGAUGGACAAUAAUGUGUGUCGACAGAGCAACUGAAACUUAAGCGAGGAGAGGAGAAGAGAUGAGCUCCGACACAUUUUAAAGACUUUUCCUUUGGUGCGGUUUGGUUUCUCUUCGACUUGUGUCUUCUCCCCUCUGAUCAUUGCAGCAGAGGACUGCGGAGGAGCAGGAGAGACAGAGCUCAUGCAUGCACACAGAGGAACUUGCACUUCCUACCGUCUCGCUGAAAGAUACUUGGAUUCCUUCUCUUUCUGGCUCUUUCACUUGAAGAGAACUAAGACAUUGUAAGCCUGCCAAGGAUCUGGUGUCCACUGAAAAGAGCGAAGGGAGGGGGGGAUUUGUACCACAGUGGGGUCUUUUUUAGAUUCACACAUAAUUAGUGUUGGGGCACAAAGCGUGCCGCUGAAUGAAUUGUCAGCUUUUGGAUAGGGGUAAGUAGGAAUCUUUUCAAAUAAGCAAUCAACAAGGACAGUUUGAUUCUUUUUAUCCAUCCACUGCUUGAUGUAUCAUUAAAGAGUCAAGGCAUUUACCUUUUGGAUUGAUUAUUUAAUACAUGACCAAUUCAUGUGUCUGGCUAAAGAUCAAAAUGGAACAAUGCUGCGGAAAGGUUAAAAAAUAUGCGAUGACCGUGGUGUGAUAGGUGUUAAUACAAUUCCCACAGUGGUUCAAUGGACAUUUUCUCAGAGGCAUCCCUGGAUAUUUAUGCUAAUGGAUUUCCUUCUAAUUGGACUGUACUUAAAGUGGCCGCUGAAGAAGCCCCCUGGGUUGAUAUUGUAUUCACUGGGCAUUUUUUUGAGAACAGUUCCCCUGGUGGAGGGGGUUUGUCCCAGGCUGUGUCGCUGCGACAGCAAGCUGCUGUACUGCGAGGGGCUCAAUCUCACAGACAUUCCUCAGAAUCUGAGCAGUGCCAUGGGUCUAUCCAUGAGAGAAAACAACCUGACUGAGCUUCGUGAAGGCCAACUGUCGAGUCUGUCACAGCUCACCUGGCUCUACCUAGACCACAACAACAUUGACAUUGUGGAGGAGGGGGCUUUUGACAGGCUAAGACGGGUCAAGGAGUUGGACCUAAGCAGCAACAGAAUUGAGAGUCUGCCAAAUGGUACCUUUAAGCCCCUCCCAAACCUACGCAUUUUGGACCUCUCAUACAACAGGCUUCAGGCACUAGAGCCAGACUUAUUCCAUGGCCUUAGAAAGCUCACCAAUUUGCAUUUGCGCUAUAAUGCCCUCAAAUUUGUGCCAGUGCGAAUAUUUCAGGACUGCCGAAGCAUGCAGUUUCUGGACCUGGGAUACAACCAACUGCAAAGCCUGGCAAGAAAUUCCUUCGCAGGCCUCUUCAAGUUGUCGGAGCUGCAUCUUGAGCACAAUGAACUGGUUAAAGUCAACUUGGCCCACUUUCCACGCCUCAUCUCUUUACGUACUUUGUACAUGCACAAUAACCGUGCCACUAUUGUUGUAAAUACCCUUGAAUGGACAUGGCAUUUUCUAGAGAAAAUUGACCUCUCAUCCAAUGAAAUUGAGUACAUCGAGCCACAUGUUUUUGAGAGCACCCCUAGCCUCAAAGUGUUGAUGCUAGACUCUAAUCGCCUGGCUGCCUUGGACCAGCGCAUCCUGGAUUCAUGGUCAUCUCUGGACAGCAUCACCCUAGCGGGGAACGAAUGGGAGUGCAGCCGGAAUGUAUGUGCCUUGGCCUCCUGGCUGAGUGCCUUCCGAGGCCAGCGUGACAGCUCCUUACAGUGUUCUAGCCCCGACACGGCACAGGGAGAGGACGUGCUGGACGCGGUCUAUGCUUUUCAGCUCUGUGAGGACCCACCUCUGGAGGUGACUACAGCAGGCCUGUAUGCCUCUACCAGGGAUCUGGCCCAGGGUGGCUCUGUUCUGUUGGGUCCAUUUACUCCCAACCCCUAUGAGGGAGAAGGCAGCGAGGUGGUCACCAGCUCGUUCACGGUCACAGUGGGCCAUGAUGAUCUGGAGAGUACCAUGCAGAUCCAUAAAGUGGUGACUGGAACCAUGGCCCUCAUCUUUUCUUUUCUCAUCAUUGUGCUCAUGCUCUAUGUGGCAUGGAAGUGCUUUCCUGCUGGAAUACGACAACUGAGGCAGUGCUUUAGUAGUCAGCGACGUAAGCAGAAGCAAAAGCAAAGCAUGCAGCAGAUGGCUGCCAUUUCACCACCAGAGUAUUAUGUCGACUACAAACCCAACCACAUCGAGGGAGCCUUGGUAAUCAUAAACGAAUAUGGCUCGUGCACAUGUCAACAGCAACCUUCUCGGGAAUGUGAGGUGUGAUCCAGCUCACUGACUACAUCUUUACCUGUGAGUAUGUGGAUAUACAGUCAAUCCCUUUCUGGAUACACAGGGGAGGCGAAUAUUGCUGGACAAAUGGAUUAUAAAAUACCUUUUAGACAGCUUCUCACUGUGAUAUUAAAGGAGAGUGCUUUAUACAGCAGACAGCUACACUGCUGUCCCCUGCUUAUGUAAGACCGUGAGGCAUUAUGGCCACCUGACUCUUUGACCUGUUGAUGUUUGACUGUCCAACGGGAAGGAAUAUGUUAGGGCACUAAGGCUUUUCACUCAUGGAUGGAUAUAUGAGCUUUAACGUGUCUUUCUACUUCAGGACUUUUAAUUAUUGUUUCAAUAUGAACUAAGGACAGGUCAAUAAAAAAUGGGUCAACCAUUUGUAUUAUGGUCAACACAAUAUUUGACAAGCAUUUAAAAUAUAAAAAAUAUCUUUAAGUUGGGUUGAAAAUGUAAAGUAUGUGUAAAAUAUGUUAAACAAAGUGCAAGUGUGGACAAAAAAUGAGACAGAAUUAUCUAUUUCUUUUGUAAAAUACAAAAAAAGAAACUUUAAAUAAAUGAAUUGGCAUUCACAGUAACGUCAUUUGUAUGUAAGAAGCCUGUCAGAGUGAACAGAUAGACAGUAUUUGAGCGCAAGGACUGGAGAGCCAGGUCUCUGCAGUGUAUUCAACCAAAAAAAGACAUGUCGCUAAUGAGAAGUUUCUCAUAUCUCUGUUAAUCUGAUGGGCUGAAUUUAAGAUCUAUUUUAGAUUUCAUACUGUUCACAUAUUUGUUCAUUCACUGUGCUGGUUUGCUAUAUGUAGUUCCUUUCCUCAUCCGCAUUACUUAUCUGUGAACAGACUCAAAUGGUCAAAUUGCCAGUUUUAUUCAUCAGGAUAAUUUUAUAUUCCUAUAACACUAUUUGUGCAAGUAAAGAAAGCAGUGACAAAAAUCUAAAGCUAUGACUCAUUGCUUUUUAUCUCAUUGGCUUUCCAAGAGGAGUGAUGCAUCUUUUCACUGUAUUAAGCACACCAAUGACAACAACUCUCCGGGCCCCUAUGUAAAUUCUAUUCAAACCUUAAUUUAUUUGUCAGAAGGGGUAAAGAGACGAUCCACCAGCUUAAAGACAAUUAGCACAUCUGAUAUCCUUCACCGUGUUUCAUGUAAUGUCAAAUGUUUGCUGAAAUCUGCACCACUUGGAGGUGUAAAUAUGUCCUUGUGUGUGUAAAUGCGAGCGCUGACAGAUGAUGCGUUUCCUGGGUGCUGUGACAUGAACAGUAUGGCGAGCGUGAGGGAGCAGGCAGAAAGAGGGACCGCACUGCUCUCUAGUGUGCACAUCUCAUACUGUUGCUGCUGCAGUCUCCCUGCUCUGCGUUUACCUCUCCUGCUAAGAAACGUGUACAAAUCCACAGAAAAUUAAUUCUAAAAUUA